CCAUACUUAUGCACUUGAUCUACAACCACCCCGACGAUGGAUUCUUACCUACAGCGUUAUCAUAUGCGUCUGAUAAAGCAUCGAAAACGAUUAGCCAUAACGCACUCGGAGACACAUAGUGAUUUACUGGAAUCCUUCACUGGGACCAUUCCUUUGCUCAUCUGUAACGGGAAAGGAAAAUGUGUCUCGGCUAACCCUUUAAAUGGGAAGAAAGUGUAAGGGAUCUCACGUGACUGAGGAAGAGGCCCUGCCUGGCUGCUUCCUGCCUCCAGAGUGGCUGUUCCUGAUUCAAGGCAAAGGGUGGAGUGAGCGCAGGAGGAGGAGUAUUUCAGUGAGGGAGUGAACCAGCCUCUACAGGAGCCCUGCUGGAGCUUCACUCCAGGAACCCUGAGAAUCUGUGGAGCUGCCAGAUCUGUUGCUUUACCGGGACGGACAGAAGGAUCAGGAGAUUGAGUUGCUCUGUCAGUCUGCCUGUGUGAUCUAGUUACCAACCAGCGGCAGCUAGGCUAACCCCAGGAUCUGCCCCCGUUGGGUCACUGAGCCGGACUGAUGUGGAAUGUGAACCAUGGUGACCCUGUUCCACAAUUAGCCUUUCAGUGAAGAGGACAGAUAGUGACGACGUGAAGAAGAAAAGGAGAAGUAAGAGCAGCAGCUGUAGCAGAUAAACCGACCCCAAAAUGCCUGUAGAGACCCUCCGGCCCUCGGACGGGUGCCUGGUGGGGGUCCCCUUCACCUCAGCCAUGCCUUUCCGCAUCCUCAACAAGGGACCCGACUACUUCCGGCGGCCCGCGGAGCCUGGAGCCCGUAAGCUGAGCGCGGUGGAGCGUCUGGAGGCGGACAAGGCCAAGUAUGUGAAGAGCCAGCAGGUGGUGCUCACCAGGCAGGAGCCUGUCAAACCACCCAUCAUCCGCAAGCCUCUGCUGUCCCCGGGCAUGAUGCUGCAGUGUCGGAUCAAUGCCCCCCCGGCCCGCAAGGUCCCGCGGCGGCCGGCUGACUCAGAGAACACAGGAGGGGUAGGGUGGCGGAGGGGACCCCCUCUUAACCUGGAUAUCCUCAACAACCUCAUCAACGUGUGUGAUGGACCCCUGCACUGCUCCCCGUCUCCCGUCCCUUCCUCGCCCUCUGCCUCCUCUCCUUCAUCAGGAGGGAACAGCAUGGGGAAUAGACUCUUAGCUGACCAGGAGAGGAGCAACCGAGUCCUGAAUGACUUUAAACAUGUUAAUAACUGCAACACCUCCUCCACAUCCUCCUCUUCCACCUCUCCCUUUAACAACAACAGCCAGGCCUCCCCUGCCGAGCCCAGCCGCCUGCCACCUCCUGUCCCAGCACGGGGCAUCAGGGUGGGGGUGCCAGUGCCCUACAGCACUCCAACCUCAGUGACGGUGCGCAGGGUGGAUGUUAGGCCCCAGGCUGAGGUGAGGAAGCCCCUGAGGACCCACCUCCGGCCUCCGAUCAAGCCCAGACAGACUGCCCAGCCCCAGGUAGCCCAGCCACAGGCCCCACCACCUCCUCCACAGCAGCCCCAGACUCAACCUCUGUCCCUCACCCCCAUGCAGGCUCUCCCCUCUUCCCCACCCUACCUGCCUCCCAGCCCCAUGGUGUUCGGGGCCGGUAUGAUGCCCCCAGCCUCUCCUGCUUUCACCCGUAUGUCCUCAGCCAGUUCCAGGGGGUCUCGGCCCGGCUCGGCUCGUAAACACCCCUCCCUACACCGCUCCAAGUCUGACCUGAGCGACCGGUACUCACGAGCCACAGCCGACCUGGAGCGCUUCUUCAACUACUGUGGGCUGCACCCAGAGGAGGUAGAGGGCAUGGGGGGAGUGGAGCGCUUCGCCAGGGCCAGCUCAGACAUUGUGUCUGUGUCCAAGAUGCGCAGCGUCAGCACCCCCAGCUCUGAGUGUGAGCAGGCUCGGGAACAGGGGGAGGACGAGGAUGAGGAAGGUCCUGCCCGACCUGGGGAGCGUGUCCCCUACGGAAUCUCAGUCAUCGAGAGGAAUGCUCGCGUCAUCAAGUGGCUAUACGGGAUCCGCCAGGCGCGGGACUCCAACGCUGUGUCCAAUGUUUAGAGGAAAGAGACAGAACAGGGAGGCUCUGGAAUGAUACCCAGGCCUGUGUCCCACAUUGUGUUUUUAAUAUUGAUAAAUCUCAGACCAUUGAGGGGUCUCUGGUAUAUAUUGUUCUUUAUUUUUGUUUGAAGGAGGACAUUGUUAUUCUGUUGCCUUACCUCAUGUUUUAGAAUAUAUGUUUUUGUUUUUUGGGGGGGGGGGUCAUUAUUUUUGAACCAUCAAUCUUUCAAAGUCGGAGAGCACUCUGGAGCACAUGAAUUCAUCUGGGCUGCAGGUCAGGACUGCUUCCCUAGAAGAGCAGGACAAGCAAUCACACUUCUCAAACAAACAUUGAAAGCAAUCAUGUCAGGGAUAGAAAUGACUGAAUGCUGAGGAGGAUGUUGAUGGGUGUAGACCAGUGAUGCUGUGGUCCCUGCUGUCUGUUUGUCUGUCACACAGGUACUAAGGAUGCUGUGUAGAGGGUCCCAGAUCCCUGUUGUGUCUGCACUGGGGUUGGAGCUAGUCUGAUGAUGCAAGAAUAGUGUGUGUGUGUGUGAAGAGCAAGUAAGACUUAGAACCCCAUUGAUACUGUGAAACAUGAAAGCUUUUAAUUAUUUUUUACCUUCGCUCUAAGACUUCAUUAAUACCGUUGAUGUUGAUUCCAGCAUGCAAGUGAAAGUCAAUAUAUUUGUGGGUCAUCUCAACAUAGCACAAUCACCUGUACUCACGAAAACACAGACGUUUUCAGGUCUGCGACGGAGUAACGUCUGUAGCUGUGUACUGCAUUGUCGUCUGUAUUGCAGGUGAGCGUGGUCUCUAAUCAAGCAUUGGUGCAGUUUAGUGUUUCUGUUUAUUCAGUGAAGAAGUAUGUCUGGGUGUGGAUGAGAGUCUUGUGGUAAGUGUAGGGUGGAUGGGUAGGGGUGCUGUCGGAUUGGAGGGGAGGAAAGUCCAACACUGCUCAAUGGAAGGGGGAUCAGGAUGGUUGGAGUAGGAAAGAGGGAAUUCUCUGAAAGUAAACAGGGGGUGACUUCGGUUCUGCGUGUCCUCGACAGCCUGCAGAGAAGAUGGACCAAUAUGUCUUUUAAAAAUGCAAUUUGAAGUUGUUACAAAACUAUUGUAAUCGUACUAUUCAACAACUGGUGCAUAGCAUUCAAGCUUUGUACAAAAGUGCAAUCUGGUUGCAUCUAUGUGAACAUACACACAGACAAACCCACACAUUAUAUGCACACAAAAUCCAGGCCCCAGCCACCCGCACAACAUUAGUGUGAGUGUUGUGUGUAACUGAAUUCUGAAGUAUGUGUAAUGAUAAUAUGCACUCUGCAGGGUUGGAGUCAAUUCCAUUUCAAAUGACUGGAAUUGGAAUGGAAUUGACCCCAGCCCUGGCACUCUGCUCUGUGUGAAGGGAAAAGAGGGGAGGCUGUUUAUUUAUGUGAUUUCCUGUUCCUCUCAGAGGAGACUGAUGGAUGGCUCAGUGGUGAGAUGAUGUGUGGGUCUAGGACUGAGCUCCACGGUCUGUUGAUGUGCUUUUGAGGUCAGCAGUGUCUGGCUGUCCAAAGAAGAGUCAAGCUACAACUUGCAACAUGGUGUCUUUCUUAACAUGUCAAUAAAGAAUAAAGUUUUAGGAAAAAUAUA